AUGAAUUCGGGAUGCUCAGAUCAUUCCCCUAUAGCAAUAAAUUUUGAAGACGCUCCUGGUAGAGGUCAUAGGCCAUUCAGGUUCCUUAACUGCCUAUCUGAUCAUCCAAAUUUCAUCCAACUUGUGAGAGAAGCAUGGUCGAUACCAGAUCAUAACCAUUCCAUGUAUAAGAUAUGGGCACGACUGAAGAAUGUCAAACAGGAUAUGAAACAACUGAAUAUAAAGGAGUUCUCUGGUAUUGAGAACAAAAUUAUAAAUCUCAGAGGUCAUCUUGAUGAAAUACAGGCUAGAAUGAGAGAUCUUGGUCAUACAUAUGAUCUCUUUAAAGAGGAGAAGGAACUGAAGCUCCAGUUAGAAAAAUGGUCCUUAAUUGAAGAAGGCAUAGCUAGACAAAAGUCUAUGAUACAAUGGUUGAAUACAGGGGAUUCCAAUACUAAAUUUUUCUAUGCAAGUAUGAAAGGGAGACAUGUGCAAAAUCAGAUCAGACGGAUAGUAAAUGUAGAGGGUAUCCUGCUGAACUCUGAAACUGAUUUUGAGCAUGAGAUUACUGAUUUUUUUAGGAAGUUACUCGGCACUGCUGCUACUUAUCUUCCUGCUAUUGAUCCUAGAGUACUCAAGUUGGGGCAUAGAUUAACUAGGCAACAACAAUUGGAUCUUAUAGCCCCUGUUACUAAGCAGGAAGUGUAUGAUGCUCUCAAUGAAGUAGAUGACAACAAGGCCCUAGGUGUUGAUGGUUUCAAUGCAGUUUUCUUCAAGAAAGCAUGGUCAGUUGUGGGUGACGACAUCACUCAGGCAAUCUUGGGUUUCUUUGAGUCUGCUAAUAUGUGCAAGCCUCUCAACUGUACAUCCGUGACGCUAAUACCAAAAUAA